AUGUUGACCUUCAAUGACAAUAAAGCCGGCAUGGCCGGUUUAGAUAAAGAACGAAUAAGCAAGAUAAUCGAGUCGAACACAAGUGGUAACUACUCGAAUUUCUCGAAGAAGCAGCAGGAUCGUAUCAAUGAGAAGACUGAGUCAAUCAAAAAGCGCUUGCAGGCAGUAUCUCCGGUGGAAUGGUCCAGAGCUGAGAAGGAGAUGGACGAGUUAGCUGCUCGGUUGGAAUGUCACCGUGAUCUACGGCGUGACUGUGUCCAUAUCGAUAUGGACGCUUAUUUUGCUGCUGUGGAAAUGCGCGAUGAUCCAAGCCUUCGAACGGUACCGAUGGCUGUCGGUUCAUUAUCGAUGCUGAGUACAUCAAAUUAUCUUGCUCGUCGAUUUGGUGUAAGAGCAGCCAUGCCGGGCUUCAUUGCAAAGAAGCUCUGUCCUCAACUCAAGCUGGUUCACGGCAAUUUCAGCAACAAACGAUCGUUUCAGGUCUUCCGGGCGAUUUUUGCAGAGUAUGACGAGGAUCUGUCGAUGGGAUCAUUGGACGAAGCAUAUCUCGAUAUAACUGAUUAUGUCAAAGCCAGAACGGAGCCUAGUAAGAAAACCUUCUUUCCUCUUUUACGACGAUAUGGUGGUGAAUGCAUCUGUAAACUGCCACUGAUGACCGAACAAGACCUUUCACCUUCCAUGACCGAGUCCUGUAAAAAGUGCGGCAAGGAUCGAAAAGUUUUUGAAGACAACGUCGAGUUUGGAGUAGGCCGUGCCGAGGUAAACACUGCGUUGCCAUUAAGGAUU